UCCUGUCUGACACCAAACGCACUCCCUUGUCCUGGCCAGUGAAAACACAAAGGGCUGCAGUCACUCAUCCACCCUUUUCCUUCUCGCUGCCUCUUUCCCAGGGUUCUGCACCGGUUUUGACAGCUGGCUGAUAUUGCAGAAUAGUCUGUUCGCCUAUUGUGUUCUGGCGAGAGGAAAGCGCGUUGAGGAGACAGCAUUAUCGCAUCGCAGGAGGCAUCGGGGUGGGCGCAAGGCUCCUGGAAUAAGGAUUUCUGACCACCAUUCCAAAAUUCACAGUGCCUGGAGGAUAUCAAGAUGCUGAGCAAUGGUAUUAUUUUUGUGCAUGUUAUUUCUUCUUUUGUAAUGGAAUCGAAAGUUACGGCUGCUGGAGUUAUGGAAAAUGAAGUACCUCAGGCCUCCAGUCUCUCAUUUCAAUCAGAUGUAACUGGUCUCAUCCAUGUAGCCACCACAAGUCAUCAAGGAUUUGGACAGAAGCUACCUUUGGCAUCAUGGCCAUCGCCCCCAAGGACAGGAAGUAAUGUGAAUCCUUUGCCGCACACUCAGAUGUCAACACCGCCUGCACAAGGACAGGCUAGUACGAGUCCACUUUUCAUCCACUGGGUGCCUACAGUGCUAUCUGUUGAAAAGGACAUUGAUAGACAGCCAUUGUUAGUGCCACACAUCAGAUUAAAGACUGAUGAUAGCUCUGAGAAUAGUGAAUCCGUCAACCAGGAUGAUAUUGGCUCUCCCACAAAUGCCAGUCAACAGCAAGCUGCCACAUUUUCAAAUGGAAACCAAGUCAAUGUCGCAGUUAUCAGGAGAAGUCCUGAGGGAGCCACUCCUACUGGUUUUCCAGAAGUAAUGAACAAAUCUAGUAAUCCCACUGACAUUUCCAUUCCAAACUUGUCCACUGUUAGAUCGCAUCGAGCAGGGCUCUCAGUUACAUCCUUGAUGUAUCCUGCAAGGUUGGGAACUACUCAAGAGAGAUCAAUGAUGCCAAUCUAUACCUUUCCUAGCAUUCAGAAAAGACCAGCCACAGUAAGACCGAUCAUUACCACUCAAAAUACUGAGGCGCCAAGAAAGAUCAAGCCACAAAUUCAAACGGCCUCUGACCACUCUGUGCUUUUUACGGUGUCUGAACUGCCACCUGGGAUAGUGAGCCCAUCCCUAAAAAGAGUUACCCAUCAGACUGCCACAUCAGCCAAUGACAAUUUCAACAAUGGGUUGUCAACAUUAAAAACAACACCCUUGGGCAUUACCCAAUUCAACGAAGACAUGGUGUUAAACAAUACUGCAGCUCCUAGUAAUACAUUGGGAAGGAGUGAACCAACCAGCAAAUCACAUCUUACCAGCUCUCCUGACAAAGGAACAUUGGAUUAUUUACUCACAACAUUGCUUUCUUUCACUCCAGCCUACCAAACUCAGCAAAUGAAGGUUGAUGAGCUGUCAGGAAUUGCGACACUGCCAAUGGAAACCAUGUCCACACAUGAUGCUGCUGCUACCCCCAAGCCAAUCACCGACAUGGGAAAUGGCAAGGGUUGGGACUCCGUUAGCAAUCCACAACCUUUGACCCCACCCACCUCUUGGACAAUGUCAACAGAAUUCACAGAUUCUAUUGUUGGAAUUGAAAAUUCUUCUGGCAUAGAAUCCUCUGCAGCACCCACUGAAUCCAGCUAUAGUUCAAAACAAAACUGCAGUUCAUGUGAAGAUCGGAGCUCCUUUUACCCUGAUGUCAAAGGAACCAAAGGCACCUCUUUAUAUCCUCAUUUCUUGGUUGUCCCUCCAUUGUUUGUGACCCUGCAUACAGAUUGGAACACAGCACUGGCGGAAUGGGGCUUGGCUUGGGACCUCCACGUUUAUGGGGUAGGCUCAGCUUUUGGCUUUGCAGGAGUCAUGUCUGCACUCGGUACCCUCUGUCUCCCCUUCAGAUCUCCACCAGGCUUUGGUUAUUUCAUGGUUUUGAAUGGACUGCUUUUCCUGACGAGCUCAACUAGAACUUUCACUUUCCUUUAUGAUGCCUACUGUUACCAGGACAAAUUACCUGCAAUUGUUGCCUUACUUCUCUACGACUUGGUUUUUCCUUGUCUUACUUCUGCCUUUGCAGUCAUAAUCUUGCUUCUUUCUGAGAGACCUGGAAGGCAGGUUGCGUCAUCAAAAUUCCAGCGAUCAUGCCUAUUAGCUGCUCUUGUCUUUCUCCACUUCACGCUCAGUGUGAGCAUAAUUCUGGUCAUCACUAUGCUAAAGCAAGCUCCCUUCCUCCUCUUUGUAUCACAUGGGAUUUUUGUGGUAUUGGUGACCAUUCUAUCCAUCCUGUUUUUUGCAGUAUACUGUCACAUCCAUAUGGUUGACACGCAUGUUUAUAAUGUGAAGUCCUCAACGCAUUCCAUGGAAGCCUUUGACACCCAGUCCUUUGGAGACAUUGAGCAUUGGGGAAGGAUGGCCAAGUUAGCCAUGUGGACUGCAGUAUUUGGCCUGUGCUGUGCUGCAUUUCAGUUGUAUGCUAUUCUGUACGGACUAGGCUUGGCUGGAGAUCAUGUUUUCCAGCCUUGGCCCUGGUGGAUUUUCCAAUUUGGCACCAGUUUGUGUGAGGUGGGUAUGUCUCUCACCAUGUCCAUUUUUGGUAUCUACCCUUUAUUUUGCAACCAUAAACAAACAGAUCAUAACUGUUGUACUAAAAUGUUUUGCCUUUCCCCAACACAUGCUUCCAUGAAAGCCCCUAUACUUGCCAACACCUACCAGUGGUCUACCUCUCACCAGGCAAAGCCACUGAGCUGUGACGCAAUUGUACGAAGUGAAUCUGAAUGCUUUCCACUCUACACAUUGUCUGACAACCAACUGAGCAGUGGGGAGGAGAUCAACCUGAUCUAUCACAGCAGUGAGGUAAAAAAUCUGGACCUCCAUUUGAAGUGUGGUGGAUCCUCCAGGACCUCUUCUUUUAUCAGCGUUCAGGUGGACAGUGAUUCCACUGCUGACCUGAGACCCCCUUCUCCCAUUAACUUAAGGCGCAGUAUAGAUGAAGCUCUUUUUAGUGAGGCCCUCAUUCCUGAAGGUCUUUUCCACUGGUCAAGGCUACACAGCUCCAGCAAUAUGUCCCUCUGCGAGAACAGGUCUCUACCGAGCAGCAGCGAAGUCCUCAAGGAGAAGGCAGCAGAUAGAGGACUGUAUCGAACUUCAUCUUGUGCUGGGAUGGAGAGACCAGAGAUUGGCAGGGGAAUCACUAGCACCUUUAGGAAGCUCAAUGUGAUUCAAGCCUUGUCUAUUGAUAGGUGGGAGGAUAGCUCUGCGAGCUCAGUCUGCAGAACAUCCCAGGGAGGAUCUUCACUAGCACUUUGCUCCAACCCAAACAGGCAGGACUUCCCAACCAUCAGCUCUGAGCUCAAAGUUUACCGGAACUUCUCUCAAACAAGUCUUCCUCAGAUUACAAACCAGUUCCAGGCUCUGCCUGCACCAGACAGCAUGGACAACAAUGAUCUCCAAGAAUCAGCAACACAAGCUGAAUUCAUGAAGAUCUGCAGGCAAAUUGACCAGCUGAGUAUUAGCAGUGACACGAUUGAAUUGUGAGUCUGGCAUUGGGACAGUUUCCAGUCCAUGUUAUUUCCACUCUGCCUCCUGUUUAAUAUUUGGAGAUGCUUACGAGGAUAUUUACUUCCUGAAAUGAAGACAUGUAAUGCCUCCAACCAAAAGAUCAGAGAUUGCUGGGCUCAGAAUACAAACAUGAAAUUGGUCUUGAGUGGCAGUGAAGCUGGGAAUCCGGAAUGUGUUUCUUACCCUUUAUUACUCUGAAUUGAAAAGAAUACCAGGUGUAAGGCAUAAUGCACGCUAAAGCUUAUUUCACACUAUCUCCCAAGACUAAUACUGUUGCAAUAGAACUUCUGCAAUUAUGAAAUGUAUAUACAGUGAAAGGCUGUGCUCAUGGUAUGCUGAGAAACUAGGCUUGGUUAACUAGCACUAUUGCCGGUUGUUCUCUUCCAUGAGUUCUGUGUUCUAGAAUUGAGGUGUGGGUAUCAACCAUUAUAGAAGCUAUUCGUCUGAGUAGCCCUAUACCCUUAGCAUGAAUACCAAGAGAAAUCACCGCUGGUGCUCAGUUAAACUGCUGUCAGGCAAACAAACUGACCUCAAUUUAAGCUAGCGAACAAAAAGUAAGUCUAGGCUGUUCUUUACUGAGAGUGCAAUAGUGCAAUAGUGCAUGGACAGGAGUGUGACAACUAGAUGUGCCUCUGCUCUGAUCAAAUAUUUUUCAAUCCUCACUGAAUGGGUUCCAAUAGCAUCACUGGGCAGGUUUGCAUCCAGGAGCCUCUCAGACGGAAUAUCAGAACUGACCCACCAUUCUUUACAGUAAUAAACACUGGCACAUUUAAUCUUACUGCUGCAGAUUCUUGACUGAAAGAGGAUUAAAUUUGCGUCUUCAUGAUGCUCUCUCCAGGGAAGCUUGGAGGUUGCUGAAAACAAGAAAUGGUGGAUACUCUGUCCAAGAUUGCGCUGAGUGUUCAAGACACUGCUGCCUUUUGCUGCUUUAACAAUGAGCCCUAUGGAGCCGAAACAGAACCCUUCAGUGCAACCCAUCUAUGCUAACCAUGAUGGCUACUUACACAAAUCCCAUUUGUUGUCCAUAUGCCUCUACUCUGUUCCUGUCCAAGUGCCCACCCAAAUACUUUUUAAAAGUUGUAAUUAUACCUGCCUCUCUAACUUCCUCUGGCAGCUCAUUCUAUAUAAGCACCCCCCUCUCUCUGUGGAAAAACUGCUCCUCAGAUCUCAUACAUUCAUUAUGCCUGUGGCAACAUAUAUUAUCCAAUCAAGCAGACCAUUGUCCAAAUAGGUCAACAAGGGAUUAUACCUAGGAUAUUCCAAUGAAGGGUCCAAGAUCUGAAACGUUUACUGUUUUGCUUUCAACAGAUGCUGGGUGUUUCCUGCAUUUUCAAUUUUUGACUUGAGAUUUCCAAAAUCUUGAGAUUGUUUGAUUUUCAUUUCCUUGGGAUACUUUUGCUGGUGUAAAUUCAGAAGCUGUGAAUGGGUUCUGACUGUAUGUGGCCAGAUUUCCAGCUACACUGUUGCCAAGAAAGGCCUGUCACCAGCAGCAAAUAUUCAUCGAAAAAUACCAAGACUGAUAACGUGCAUUUAGUCAAUCUGAACAGCUGGUCAUAUACUGUCCUUGUCUCUAAUUCUACCAGGUCUCAUCAUCACCCUCUCUUAGAGAGUAUCAACACUUACUCUCAUCCCCUUACAUUCUUUCCUUUGUUCCCUUCUCCCUCUUCCUUCUAAUGAAACAUCAACUUGAACUUUGUUUCUUUGCCUUGUCAAUGCUGCUUGACCUCCUGAAUAUCUCCAACAUUUUCUGUAUUUUUUAAAUUUCAGAUUUCCAAAACUCCAAGCCUUUUGGUUUUAGCCUACAAAAUACCAACUGCAUCCAUUCAAUUAAUAACUCAUUCAGUCAAAAAUCUGAUCCAACAAGGUGCCAGGCACGGUGCCAAUUGGGCAUUAAAUUCUGCACUUUAAUUCCUGAAUGCACUGAACUUUGAAUUUCUCAAAAGGUGCUAUAGUCAAUCAUACUAUAAGGCUUGUUGACACAACUGUGCAUUUUCAUAUCUUAGAAUUCACCUGUUUCCUCCAUGAUAUGGCAAAAGGCAAAAAAUAAUUUGGGAAAUAAAUUGUUGGAACUGCCAAUCUCUUAGUGUUGGAAGUCACAAUUCUGACACCAUAGAUAACAAAACCCAUACCUCAAAAUGGCUGCAAAAAUAUUUAUUACAGGUUAUUGACUAGUUGUAUGAAUUUUCUUUUUUGUUGCUGAGAAUGGAAGUUCCAGCACCUUGCUUCCUAAACAUUUAGGGAGGUUUAUUGAUACAUUGCCACUGAUGGUAAAUCUCUCUAACCCCAUUUAGAUAUGUAAAAUUUUCUCUUUGUCUUCAUUAAACUAAGAGUGGAAUGAGAUCAAUAUCAUCAAUGACUAGGGCCCUGGAGAUUAAUUCCACUUUC